AUGGAGGGCGCCACAGGUCUCUCCCGUCCGCCCCCCUCCCCUCCUGAAUCCCGUGCAUCAAGUGCGGCGGGGGGGGGGGCCUGAGUUCUCUCCAGGGUCCUCCUCUGCGGCAGGUGGCGCACUUUCCGCCCCUGCGGAGGCGGGGGGGGGGAGGAGGAGGGAGGAGGAGCGGGCUGAGCAGCUGAGCGCAGGCAGGCCGGGCUCAGGCUAUGGCGUGGGCUGGAGGGUAGCAGGAGCGGCAGCGCAGCCCCCGCCGGAGUUUGCCCAGGUAAGGAGACGCGUGCAUUGGAUGCAAGGCGAUGCGAUGCGAUGCAAACGCGCCUCGCCUUUCGCCUCCUUCCUUCCUUCCCCUCCCUCUCUCCCCCUUAGCAGCGACCCCUUCAUUUUCUCUCCCUCCCCUUUCCAAGCCCAUCUUUCUCAUCCCGGCCCUCCCCCCUCCCAACUUCUGACAGAGACCCCCCCCAACCCACACACGCACCCCACCCCACCCCACCUCUCCCCCCAAUCCAGCCCCUGCGCUCCCCUUGAAGUCUGGUUUUUUUGCAGAGAGGAAUUUGCCUUUCCCCCCCUUCAAAAACAACAACACUCCCAACCCAACUCUGCUUCUAUCUCUUUCUCCUUUAAUUUUUAACACCCCCUUUUUUUCCUGCGGGCACACUUUCCUCCUCCUCCCCCUUCCCCACCCCCCCUCUUCUCCUCCCCCCACUCCACCACACCAUAAAUAAGAAUAAAUUGGCAGUCCCAGCCAGUGAUUGCAUCACUUCUUCUCCAGACAGGGGCCAAUUCUGCUAGGAACUGGAUCCUCUGCCGCUUCUCAGUGCGUCUUCCUGGGAUUGCUCCUCCUGUCGUAUUUUUACCCCCCUUUGAGUCUUAUUUAUCUCUCCCUCCCCCCGAAAAAAAUGCACUUUCAGCCCUCUUCCCCCCCCCUUCCCAGUUCCUAGUCUGCUUUCCUCCUCUCUGACACAGUAGACAGGGGAGGCGACAGCAAUGGAGACCUUGAACUGUUGUUUUGUUUGUCUGUUUGUUUGGGGGGGGGACUGCAAUGGCUACUGGCUUUCCACCCACCCACCCGCUGUCAAAACCAGUUAGAGGCCGCAAUUCUCAGUAUUUCCAAGUCCAUCCCCAAAUCUCUCCCUCUUACUCGCACAUGAUUGAAAUCUCAGUUCUGGCUUGCAUUCCUUUAUACCUCCUUCCCAUGAUAUCCUGAACUAGAAGGCUUAUAUUUUUUUAAAGGUAAAGGGACCCCUGACCAUUAGGUCCAGUCGUGGACGACUCUGGGGUUGCGGCGCUCAUCUCGCUUUAUUGGCUGAGGGAGCCGGCGUACAGCUUCUGGGUCAUGUGGCCAGCAUGACUAAGCCGCUUCUGGUGAACCAGAGCAGCGCAUGGAAACGCCAUUUACCUUCCCGCCAGAGUGGUACCUAUUUAUCUACUUGCACUUUGACGUGCUUUCGAACUGCUAGGUUGGCAGGAGCAGGGACCGAGCAACGGGAGCUCACCCCGUCGCGGGGAUUCGAACCGCCGACCUUCUGAUCGGCAAGUCCUAGGCUCUGUGGUUUAACCCACAGCGCCACCCAAGAGAGGGGAAAUUCCACAUUUAUUUUACCCCCACCCCCACUCUGCAACACCCACAAACUGCCUCGCACCCCCCACACUUUUCCUGGAGCCCCUCACAAUAUUUAUUUCUUCUUUUCUGCCAAUUAAUUUUUUCUGCUUUUCGAAAACCAGCAUCAAAUUCAUUCAGAUUUUCCCCUCGCAAUAUUUCGACGGGCCUUCCCUCCCCUCCUUCUCUGCUUUCACACACCCCACAGAGCUUCUCCUCUGCCCCCCCCCAGCCCCAGUUAGGAGUUUCACAGCCCCCCAUCCCUCUUGCUCCACCUCAGAGACGUGUUGUUCCAAAUCUGGCAGGUGUCUGUGGGCUGAGGGGUGCGUGUCCUCUGUUUCCGGAGUGCACUUUCGUUUUUGGACGCUUAUUCCCCCGCCUAUUAUAAUAUUUUGGUGCUUUUUAGAACAUUUCUGGUUUCCUCCUCUGCGUUUCUCACUUCCCGAUACUCGGGGCAACACCUGGCAUCUCUCACGCGGCCAACAGCUGCCGCAGAUUUGUUUUAUUGUUAUGUAUUGAAUUUAUAUAUGUCUCACUCCCCUUUCCCGUCUUGCCAGAGCUGAGCUGUAUCCUCUGCACUCCGCUUCUGAUGGAGGCGGUGCCGAGACCUCUUCCCAGCUCUCAGCAUCAGAAUAAAAGCAGCAGAGGCCAGCGGCAGGAUCAGGCCUACAGCCCAUCCAGUCCAGCAGGGGUCAACUCAGUGCCCCAAUGGGAAACUAGCCAGCAGGAUCCGUGCACAAGAGCACUGUCUGCCUUUCUGUGGUUUCUCACGCAACACGUUGGCCAUUAAUAUACACAGAACAAUAGUUAUACAUACUUUAUCAACCUUCUGAGAAAAAUGCAAAACAUUAAACAAAGCCACAGAGACUUGCGAACUACCCAGCCUCAAAUGAACUUAUAAUGUCUGCUUUCAAUAGAUUUUUCAAACGCUUAACUCCGUCUUUUAGAUAAGUUUCAGCGUUUUGCACCUGUUUCGCCCUGGUAGUCCAAGUAAUCAAGAGGCCGCUGUUUGCCCCGGAUGGGGUCCUUUAAGUAGGGCUUGCAGGUAGCACACUCCCAAGAUAGUUUUCCGGGCUUCUUCAGUGGUCUAAUCUCAAAGUCUUGAUACGUAUAUUGAUAUUCAGUCUUACAGAGAAUACUCUUUCUUGGCUUAAGUUUAAGAGACUGAUUUGCUUAGCCAUUGGGGGUGAACAGCGGUCUCUUGAUUACUUCGACUGCCAGGGCAAAACAGGUGCAAAACGCCAGCACCCUGUCUCUAUCUACAACUCUACUAGCAUCUCUCGGUAUUGUGAAUAUCACUGAACUUACUUUUUGUUGGUAUCUUCAUGAACUUAUCCAAAAGAUUGAGUUAAGCAUUUGAAAAAUAUACUGAAACCGGACAUUAUUAAGUUCAUUUUAGGCUGGGUAGUCCGCAAGUCUUUGUGGCUUAACGUUUUGUAUUUUUCUCAGAAGGUUGAUAAAGUAUGUAUAAUUAUUGUUCUGUGUAUAUUAAUCGCCGACGUGUUGCAUGAGUUGCACUACAGCAGCAGCAACACAGGUUGCAUUUUUCUAGCAUUCCUGCGGUUUCUAGCAACUGGGAUUUAGAAGCAGGGAGGUUAUGGGAUUCAUAAUGGCUACUAGCCUGCUCCUCCAUCCAUCUGUCUCAUCAUCUGAAAGCCAUCCAAGUUGGGAGCCGUCUUCCUGCAGCUGUGAGUUCCACAGUUGCACGAAUAAGUCCUUCCCUCUGUUUGUCCUGAAACUUCCCUUUUCAGCUUCAACAGGUGCCCCCCAAAUUCUAGGGCUCAUGAGAUAAGGAGGAAAACUUUUCUCUAACUGCUUUCCCCCUCCGCCAGGCAGAAUUCUAUAAGCUUCUGUCCUGUCGCCUCGGUUCUCUAAACUGAAAUCACUUAACUCCUAUCCCCAGCAGUGGCAUCUUGCCGUCUAAUACCCAGAUUAAUAUCUGGCCCGAUCUGUUCCGUGGCUUCUCCCCAGACAGCUGUUGUCUCAGGAAAAAUAUUGGGGGCGGGGGGGUGGCUGCAGCUGCACAGAGAGCCCAUUGUCGUUGUCCUCCAGCUGCGUGCGAGUUUCUUCUCUGCAAUUUCUUUAUUUCACUUAUUCCAUAAGAUGCAUUUAUUUUAUUUUUUAAAUUUUUUUUUAAUUUUUUAAAAUUUUAUUAAGUACAACUUAGAAAACAUACAUAUUUACAACAAAAGAAAAAGAAAAUACAUAUAACCAAGGAAACAAAUUAGAGAAUACUUUGUCUCUUUUCAUAUUUACAGUUAUUUAUACCUCUAUAAAAUGCUAUUUACAAUAAAGGAAUGAAAUGAAAGAUAAGAUAUCAGAAAAAAAGAAAAAAAGAACAAAGAAAAAAUAAAGAAGUAAAAGAAAAAGAUCAUAAGUGAAAUUUUUAAAAAGUAGAUAAGUAUUCACUAUACAUUUAUAUGAAUUUUUUUAUUUGCCUUUGCUAGGAGUUUCCGAGACGGGAUGCAGCAAAUAGAAAAUGCAGCUUUUGAAACAGGUUUUUUUUUAAAAAAUAAAAUGCAAUUUUAAAAAAUGCAUAAAAGCCAUUCCAAAAAAAUGGAACGGCGUAAUAUAAAUUCAGCAAAGGAGGUGGGUCGCUUUUCACAGAGGAUGAGGUUUCUUCGCGCAGCGUGUUGUUAAACUGCAGAACUCACUGCUGCAGGGCCACCAACUUGGACGUGAGAAGAUGGUGCUGGACUAGACCAGGCCAUUGACCUGAUCUGGUUGGCCACUGUGAGAACAGGAUGCCUAACCCAGCUGGGGUUUGGGCCUGAUCCUGAAGGGUUACUCUGAGGUUCUUCUUUCGUUAAUAACGAUACGAUGAGGAAGAUGAUUGAGGAAGGGCAGGGGCGGUUGUUCUUAGUGGUUUCCUAAGGGGUUUUUGUACUUCUGCAAACCUCUGGGUUCUCCCCAGGUGCCUCAGCCUAACAAACGGCUGAGAGGGAAGAGGUUCAACAGCCGUGUUAGAACUCAGAUAUAUAAGCCCGGUGCCAAAUACAGUGGUACCUCGGGUUAAGAACUUAAUUCGUUCCGGAGGUCCGUUCUUAACCUGAAACUGUUCUUAACCUGAAGCACCACUUUAGCUAAUGGGGCCUCCUGCUGCCACUGCGCCGCCACCACGCGAUUUCUGUUCUCAUCCUGAAGCAAAGUUCUUAACCCAAGGUGCUAUUUCUGGGUUAGUGGAGUCUGUAACCUGAAGCGUAUGUAACCCGAGGUACCACUGUAGCUCCUUAAACCAAGGUUGCAGUCCCCCAAAUUGACCGAGCAACGAACCGCCGACCUUCUGAUCGGCAAGUCCCAGGCUCUGUGGUUUAACCCACAGGGCCACCUGCGUCCAAAAUGCGCCUAGCGCCUGGCUAAUUUCGAACACUGCCUGUUUGUGGAGUUCUUGGCUGCUUGGCCUGAUCCAGCUAUAGAACUCUCAUGUAGAACCUCCAGGUCCAGAGUCAGUCUAUCCUGGGUCCUUAGGGGCAAUUGUCCACUGUGAGGACAGGACGCUGUGUUGAUGGGCUCCCUUCAGCACUUUGCAAGGCGCAAUUCAGGCCUCUUUUGCGUUGGCAGGAUCCUGCUUUCUCUCUGGGUGCGAGGGAGCCUUCCUUUCGCCCUGUGCUCAGCAAGAAGCAGAACCGGGACUUCCCAGUUUCUUCCCCCUCCCUGGCUUCUGCUCAAAGAGGGUGUCGCCCACUCCGGUCACACUUCCCUUUCCCAGAGCUCUGGGAGUUUUCGCUUCCUCCCUCCUCCCUCACUUUCUCUGCUCUCAUCCUGGCACCGCACGGGAAGUGCAAAUUCUUCGCUCCCUUCCUGAGUUGGAAGGCAGCACUGAGUGUUCCCCCGCUGGCUGACACCCGCCCCCCACUUUCAGCAGUGCGAUUAUCACGCCUACGGUCCCGAGACUUCGGAGAGGUUUGGUGCCGGGGCCGGAUCCUGCAGUAUCCUGAUGCUUCUCUGCAUCAGACGGCUCGCUCCCUGCUCAGGAGAGUUGUUACAGCAGGGAGAGGGGCCGUUGAAGGCUGGAUGUGGCCCUCCGGAUCCCCUCUCCGGUCCUUGGGACCCUUCUCAGGCCACACCCCUCCCUAAGCCACGCCCCUCCCUGCCUAUUAGCACCGCCCCCUGCCUAGAAUGUAGCCUGUAAUAUGGAGCUGUUACUCUGCCCACAAGUGGCAUGUGGCCUCCAGAACAUUGCUUAGAAAGGAUUGUGGCCCUCGGGCCAAGAACGCUUCCUCACCCUGUAGUUUGGGGGUGCUUAUGGGGCAUCCCCUACUCUCUUCCAGGAUCACUUUCGCUCUGAAAGUUGGCCUAAUUUUUCCCCUCUCUAUAUUUAUGAAUGCGCAUAUUGAAAUAUUACGGAUGUUUUCGCCUGCGCCUUGAGGCUUUCGAGGAGCUGGCAGCCCCGCUGCUGUUUCAGGAAAGCGCCUUAGCUCAGUGGUUGAGCCCCUGCUUUGCUGGCAGAAAGUCUUCAACUCCCGGUGUCUCCAGGCAGAAAUUUUCCCCAAAAUCCUGGAGAGCUGCUGCCAGUCAGUGUAUACAGUACUGCGUGACGUGGCUCAACUACCUGGCUUCCUGCAAGGCGGCUCCCUAUACAUUCUUUUGCUCAGAUUCAUGAGGACUAGAACCUUGUGUUGCUUUUUUUAGAUAGAGGCUGCAGCUCAGUGUGUAGAGCUCUGCAUGCAGGAGGUCUCAGCCUCCAACAUCUCCAGGCCGGGCUGGGAGAGAGCACCACCUUGGAAAGGUGCUGCCAGCCAGUGCAUGCGAUAUUGAGCUAGGUGGGCUAAGGGCCUGACUGUUGCAUGCAUUUUCCUGAGGUCCCGUGAGAAGGGAGCUCAGCCAAAGACUUUGAGUGGUGUUUUCGACAGCAAUCUGGUGCAUGGAAAAAGCGAACCAGGAACACCCGUCUCCUGAUGUUUCCUGUUGUUGCGCUGGGUAUCUGGAUGGAGUUUUUUUUGUCUUGGGGGGAAUGGAUGGGGGACGGUUGUCAGAAGCAGAGUAGAAACAGCAGUUUUGCAGGGCAGCCGCUGCUUGUUUCCAUUAACUGGCCUCCCAGGUGCUCCCUCCCUGCUGAACUGCAUGUUCGGUGCUUGCCAAUCCUUCUCCUUGACAUGCUAGCUUUCUGCAUGCAGGGGCUUUCCCUGUUCUAUAUGCAUGCCUGCAGCAUGGGAACAUUAAUAGAAUCCUAGAACCGAAGCGUCGCAAGGGGCCUGAGAAUCAACCCACUGCAAUGCAGGAAUCCCAGCUGAAGAAUCUCCGACAGAUCCUGCCUCUGUUGUUGUUGUUAAUUGAAUUUAUAUAAUCUGUAUAUAAUCUCCGGCACAGGAGAGCCCAUCAUUUUCAGAGGCAGUUCGUUCCACUGUCUGUUCAACAGGUCAGCUCCUCUUCCUCCCAAAAGUGGUACAGUCCGGGCAGGCCUUUGCUGAACUUUUCGCCUUUUAAGAGGACCAGAGAGAAAGCAGUUCUCUGGAAGGGGGCAGCGGAAGCAAAGGGACAGUUGACCCCACACCCUGAUUUGACCCGGCCGUCAAAUCCUGGUGGGCCUCCUCCUCGCAGGUCAAAAUGUUGUUUAGAAACAAAAAAAGGCACUUCCUCAGGGGGAGUAGCGUGUUCCAAAGCCACCACAGCUGUGCCUGGAGGGGGGGAGAUGGGACAGGGGACCUUUCACCCGAGUUGCGAAACAGCUUUUAACUUUCGCUUUUAGGACAGAGGGAUCGUGAGCCGCGUGCUGCCGAGCCGUAAACCGGUGUGUGCGUCCGGUCUUCCCUCGAUCGUAGUUGACAGGCGGAGAGGUACGUUGGGGGGCAGCGAGUGCGGGGCAGCCCUCGGCGGGCCUGAUCCGGCUGCCUGCCUGGCUGCCUGUCUAACGGCAUUGAGAGGAGCUAUGUCCUUUCAAGGCCUCGUCCAGAAGAAAAAUAAGGAGAAUCGACUGCCCCCAACCUCGGCAGAUGCUCCCCCAGCCCCAGAGCAGGCCGCCUCGCAAGGGCAUCGCGUUCAGUGGGCACAGCUAGGUGGUGACAGAGGUGGGAGUCAUGUGUGUGUGUGUGUGUGUUUUUGUGUGUGUGUGCAGCCAAAUCUAAAAAUAAACCGGCUGAGCAUUGGAGGGAAGGCAGGAGAGACCAGCUCCUGCGUUGGAGGGCAUUUGGGAAGAACACUGAACUCCUGAGCAGCUGGAUAUCAGCCAGGCGGGGAGUUGUGGGUGGGGGGCUCAUCUAGGUCCACCUUUCCCGCGCUCCCCCCCCCCAAUUUCUGUACAGGAGAGAGCAGCUGCGAAGGGAAGCGGUCAACCCAUGCAUUUAUAUGCAUGCCAUCUCAAAAUGUGUUUUUUGCCAUGUGUAAGGGGGAGUAAGAUAAGGGGGGGUUUGCAAAAACCAACACACACCCCUGCAGCAACAACAAAGCAUCUCUUCAUUUGGGCCUUUGACCCUUGGCUAUAUUUUUCAUUGAGGUGGCAAACCGGCGUCUUUGACGGGCACCAAGUUCAGGCGCAUGGAGUUCCCGCAAAAGGGACGGUUCCCACGUGUGUUGAUAAUAAUAAUAAAUUUUAUUUAUACCCCGCCCUUCCCAGUUCAGAAAACCAGGCUCAGGGCAGCUAACAACAAAUUUAAAGCACUUAAUUGUGAUACAACAAAAAAACAGCACAAAAUACAGUAUAAAAUCGUGAAUAACAAUAAAUUCGAAGUUCUAAAAUCAAUUUGGAGGAACAUUAGAUGAUCACCAGGACUAGCUGGCUAAAUUAGUCCUAUUUGGGCCAGCGAGGAGACCAGGGGAGAAUUAGCUGUGGGAUCCCAGAGCGCGUAAUCUUCAUAAAAAGGGGAGGGGGAGGGAAGGAAGGAGAAUAAAAGAUCAGGCUAAGUUCAAGUUGAAAGCCAGGUGGAAUAGCUCUGUCUUACAGGCCCUGCAGAAGGAGGUUAAAUCCUGAAGGGCCCUGGUCUCAUGGGACAGAGCAUUCCACCAGGUCGAAGCCAUCACUCCGAUGGGAGGCGAAGAAUCCCCGCGCACGUGAAAGCUAGCAUUUCUGGAUGGAGGGCGUCGGAACAGUGCGACACUCCAACGUCAUUUGACCCGGCAGCCAAGUUACAGCGGAGAAGUGCCGCCUUGCAAGUGCGGUCGCAGCAGGAAGCUCUUGAUUUCUCCCUUCCUUCCUCUUUCCUCUCUCUCAGCACACAGAUCUUGGGUCUGUAAUAUGCCUAAGAACAAGGUCAUAGAAGCUGGAAGGGGUGGAAUGAGACCGUACCACUUCAGGCUGGAAGUGGGAGGGGGCGAUACCGCUUUUGAAUGCUCCCACAGUUACUGAUACCGUUUUUUUUAAUUUUAUAUCCUGCAAGCAGAAAGCUAGCACAUCAGGGUGGAAGGCUGGCUGCUAUACUAGCUUUCUGCUUGUGGGAAGGUUCGAGGGCGUGAUUUCCUUACUGUCACCUACAUCUGGAAGUUGGGGGGGGCAUUCUUACCAUGGGCAACCAUUCCAACCAUGUUAUAGCCAGUGUUUAUGCUUGACUGUGUUUCUUGCUUGUCUGAAUGCUGGACGGAGAGAGGUCUGAGAGUGAGUGCAGAAUCUAGCCUGCUGUUGUCCCGCCCACUUUCGACCCUGGCCCCUCCCACCACCGCCCUGUGUCCCAGACCGCCACGCCCUCUCUGAGCAUGUGCAGAGUUGUCACACCGCGCCCCCCCCCAAAAAAAUUAGCACAGAGGUCGCCUGCAGGAAGUGGCGUUCAUGGCAAGUCCCUCUUGGGAUUUUUUAAGAGCUGUGAGUUGCACCCAGUUCCUCCUCUUUGCUUCCGUAGCCCCAGCACCCGUUUCCUCCUGAAAAAGCCCCCGCCCUACGGGUUCCACCAUAUCAGCAGAAACGUGAGGGCUGA